CUUGUGGCUUUCUGUGAUCUUCUGAUCCUUACGGCUUUCCGUAGGCUUUCCGACAUCUCGCCUUUCCCUCCACUGGUGCUCCGACGCUCCGUGCUCAGAACUGCAGGUAGCAAGUGCUUACCUCACUUUUCGACGCUCAAAAGAACAUCUUCAGCCUCGCCCCACCAUGCGCAAGAUCUUCUAUCCAAUCUUCACGUCCAAAAUGUCCUCCUCCUCCAUUAACAUGAAUCCCUCCUUCCUAUUUUCCCUCCAACUCACAACCUCAAUCCUCACCCUCGGCUUCGUCACCCCCUCCUCAAUUUUCCGUUUCGCAGCACUGCCAAUCCAACUCGCACUCUGGUACCUCACCUUCCAAACCUCAAGCGAAUACAUGAGAGUAUCGUGGUCUCAGAUUUACAACGCCUCAUGCUUCAUUUUGUUCGUCAUGAACUUUCUGGAGAUGUCCCUCCUCCGAAAAUGGAGUUUCGAAGCCAACGGGCCGACGUUACACCCCCCGUCCGCACAACCUCUUCCCCUAACCCACUCCAACGGCAAAUCGUCCACAAAAGCAGGCAGCAAGGUCCAAGACACGAUCCUCAACCGUCUAAAAUUCGGCUUGAAUUCCACCUUCAGCCUCCGCGACCUCAACACACCCCACGAACAACGCGCCGUCCCUCCGUUCUCCACCACAAACCCCGCAUACGUCCCCUCAAAGUCGACUUUCCUUUUGAGCACCGCUCUGCGCUUCGCAAUAACAUACCUGUUCCUCGACCUCGCCGAAUCUCUGCCUCCUCCCCCCUCAACUGCGCCCUUCUCAAGCUCCAAAGUCCCAGUCUUCACCCGUCUGCGAGAGAUGACAGGAGAGGAGGUCGCGACGAGGAUUGGCACUAGUGCUAUGGUGUGGAUGGUCACCUAUUGUUUGAUCAGUUGUUACCUCGGAUUCCAAUCCUUUAUCCUCGUCGGCACUAAUCUCACGCCCGUAUCCUCCUGGCGGCCACUCUUCGGUUCAUUUUCCAACUCGUACACCCUACGGGGAUUCUGGGGUAAAUCAUGGCAUCAGUUGUUAAGGAAACCGUUGAAUAAUCCCACGAUUUGGUUUGUGGAGAAUGGCCUGGGGUUAAAGAAGGGCUUGGUGGCAAGGUACCUGAAGAUUUUCGUAACCUUCUUCCUCUCCGGCUUCAUACACCUCCUCGCCGACCUCGCAGCGGGUAUCACCUUCUCUCAAUCCGGUGCUCUGAGAUUCUACUGUGUCCAAGUCCUCGGCAUCAUUCUCGAAGACGGCGUCCAGGAAAUUUAUCGGAGAGCAGGUGGGAAAGAGGGGAAGGUAUGGACGAAAACCGGAGGUUUUAUUUGGGUGGUCGCGUUUUUGCUGUUCUGGAGCAGUCCGUCUUGGUUCUGGCCGCAGGUUUACAGAGCUGGGACAAGAACGGAGGGGGAGGUGAGGGCGUAUGGGAAAUUGGCUCCUUUUACUGUGUUUGGACGGUUCUUGGGUUGAGAAUGAGAUGUUGUCGUCAUACAGAUGUAAAUAGAUAAGUAGAAGCUAGAGUAGAUACGAUACACACCGUGCUGGAAAAGUAGAGUUUAGAGGUAUGAAUCAGUUAUAGUUCGCUACAUUGCCUGUUGGUCGGGGAU